GGAGGCCACGGCGGCCGAGGUGGAUGAAGGCACCCGGCCCUCCAUUCUAGCGCCCCACAGCUGCUGGCGAUUUCAAGCUGGUGCCUGUGGGAUCAGACGGCAGCUCCGCUCCUGACAAGAAUAGAAUAACCCAUUAACAAAGAAAGAAACAACCGGAAGAUCAAAUGGACCCCUAUUGUGGAUUUCAAUUUUACAUCCAACGACAGGGGGUGCGCCGGAGCCCCAGAACGAUGGACAGGAAGCAGGUAGGCCCUGGACGCCAGAUGCAGGCCAUGGCACAGAAGGGACCCCUGGACCUGAUUGAGACAGGCCAAGGGCUGAAAGUGCAGACGGACAAGCCCCACCUGGUGAGCCUGGGCAGUGGGCGGCUCAGCACGGCCAUCACUCUCCUGCCGCUGGAGGAAGGGAGGACUGUGAUUGGCUCCGCGGCCAGGGACAUCUCACUGCAGGGCCUGGGCCUGGCUGCAGAGCACUGCUACAUCGAGAACCUACGGGGCACCCUCACCCUCUACCCAUGCGGCAAUGCCUGCACCAUUGAUGGGCUCCCUGUCCGGCAGCCCACCCGGCUCACUCAGGGCUGUAUGUUGUGCCUGGGCCAGUCUACCUUCCUCCGCUUUAACCAUCCGGCCGAAGCCAAGUGGAUGAAGAGCAUGAUUCCGGCAGGGGGCCGGGCCCCGGGGCCCCCCUACACCCCCAGCCCUGCUGAGUCCGAAAGCCUGGUGAAUGGAAACCACGUCCCGCUGCCUCCCCCCCGGGUCCCCCCGGCCUGUGCCAGCCACAGUUCCCUGGUGAGUUCCAUCGAGAAGGACCUGCAGGAGAUCAUGGACUCGCUGGUGCUGGAGGAGCCUGGAGCUGCUGCCAAGAAGCCUGCUGCCACCUCCCCUCUGUCACCGAUGGCUAAUGGAGGGCGCUACCUGCUGUCCCCUCCAACCAGCCCUGGCACCAUGUCCGUGGGCUCCAGCUACGGGAACACGUCGCCAGCCUUCUCCCCACUCUCCUCACCAGCCAGCAGCGGGAGCUGUGCCAGCCACUCGCCCAGUGGGCAGGAGCCAGGACCUUUGAUGCCCCCGCUGGUGCCUGCCCGCUCCUCCAGCUAUCAUCUGGCCCUGCAGUCCCCACAGCCCCGUCUCAGUGGUGCCCGGCCCUCUGAAAGCCCCCAGCUGAGCAGAAAAGGAGGCCACGAGCGGCCCCCCAGCCCUGGCCUCCGGGGUCUGCUGACGGACAGCCCUGCCGCCACUGUCCUGGCAGAGGCCCGCAGAGCCACCGAGAGCCCCCGGCUGGGUGGACAGCUGCCUGUGGUGGCUAUCAGCCUGAGUGAAUACCCUGCUUCCGGUGCCCGCAGCCAACCCGCCAGCAUUCCUGGCAGCCCCAAGUUCCAGCCUCCAGUCCCUGCUCCCCGCAGCAAGCUGGGCACACUCCAGGACCGCCCGCCCAGCCCUUUCCGGGAGCCGCCUGGCCCAGAUCCGAUGCUGACAACCAGCCCCUCUCGCCAGCUGGUGGGCCGGACCUUUUCUGACGGGUCCGCUGCCCGCAUGCUGCAGCCUCCAGAGAGCCCCCGUCUGGGCCAGCGGGGCCUGGACAGUCUGCGGGAACUCCCUCCCUUGAGCCCAUCCCUGCCCCGCCGGGCACUCUCCCCGGUGCCAACUCGGACCACCCCGGAUUCCAAGCUGACCAGGGACGUGGCAGAGAGUCCCAGGCCCCGGCGCUGGGCAGCUCAUGGGCCGUCGCCGGAAGACUUCUCCCUGACUCUGGGUGGACGGGGACGCAGGACACGGAGCCCCUCGCCCACACUGGGGGAGCCUCUGGCACCCCGCAAGGGCAGCUUCAGUGGCCGACUGAGCCCGGCCUAUAGUCUGGGCUCACUGACGGGGACCUCACCUCGCCAGAGCCCCCAUGCCCAGAGGAAGCUCUCCAGUGGGGACCUGCGCGUGCCCGCCCCCCGGGAGCGGAAGAACAGCAUCACUGAGAUCAGUGAGGAGGACGACCUCCUGGACUACCACCGGCGGCAGCGCCAGGAGAGGCUGCGGGAGCAGGAGAUGGAGAAGCUGGAACGCCAGCGUCUGGAGACCAUCCUGAACCUGUGUGCCGAGUAUAGCCGGGCCGAUGGGGCCCCUGAGGCCGGGGACCUGCCCAGCAUCGGAGAGGCCACUGCAGCUCUGACGCUGGCCAGCUGGAGGCCCUCGAGGGCCCUUGCAGGCGCUGCGGGGCCUUGUGCACGGAGCAACCAGGAGCCUGGAGGCGCCCCCCAGCGCCUGUGGGAGAGCAUGGAGCGCUCAGAUGAGGAAAAUCUGAAGGAGGAGUGCAGUAGCACCGAAAGCACCCAGCAGGAGCAUGAAGAUGCGCCCAGCACCAGGCUCCAGGGAGAGGUGGCGGCUUUGGAAGAGGAGCGGGCUCGUGUGCUGGGCCGAGUGGAGCAGCUCAAGGGCAGGGUGAAGGAGCUGGAGCAGCAGCUGCAGGAGUCUGCCCGGGAGGCCGAGAUGGAGCGGGCACUGCUGCAGGGGGAGAGGGAGGCUGAGCGGACACUCCUGCAGAAGGAGCAGAAGGCGGUGGAGCAGCUGCAGGAGAAGCUGGCGAGCCUGGAGACCAGCAUCCCAAAGGAGAGGGACAAGGAGAGGGCGGAGCUGGCCGCGGGACGGAGGCACCUGGAGGCCCGCCAGGCGCUCUACGCCGAGCUCCAGACGCAGCUCGAUAACUGCCCCGAGUCAGUGCGGGAACAGUUACAGGAGCAGCUGAGAAGGGAGGCGGAGGCCCUGGAGACGGAGACGAAGCUCUUCGAGGACCUGGAGUUCCAGCAGCUGGAGCGGGAGAGCCGCGCGGAGGAGGAGCGGGAGCUGGCCAGCCAGGGGCUGCUGCGGAGCAGGGCCGAGCUGCAGCGCAGCGUCGCCAAGAGGAAGGAGCGCCUGGCUGUGCUGGACAACCAGGCGGGACAGAUCCGGGCCCAAGCCGUGCAAGACUCGGAGCGCCUGGCCCGGGACAAGAACGCCUCUUUGCAGCUGCUACAGAAGGAGAAGGAGAAGCUGUCCAUGCUGGAAAGACGCUACUACACUCUCACUGGGGGCAGGCCAUUCCCGAAGACCACCACCCUCAAAGAGAUGGAGAAGCUGCUGCCCCCUGCGGUAGACUUAGAGCAGUGGUAUCAGGAACUGAUGGCCGGGCGGGGGACGGGGCCUGCUGCCUCCCCUCACUCCUCCCCGCCUCCUCUGCCCGCCAAGGUCUCCCAUCAGCUACAGGUUUACCGCUCCAAGAUGGAUGGCGAGGCCACCAGCCCCUUGCCCCGGACCCGGAGUGGCCCCCUCCCCUCCUCCUCUGGCUCGUCUUCAUCCUCUUCCCAGCUCAGUGUGGCGACCCUGGGCCGCAGCCCCUCCCCGAAGAGUGCCCUGCUCACCCACAACGGCACAGGAAGCCUUCCUCGAAACCUGGCAGCCACACUGCAAGACAUCGAGACCAAGCGCCAGCUAGCCCUGCAGCAGAAGGUCGACUCGCUGCCUGCCGGGCCCCACCCUGCCGAUGAGCCAGCAGGGCAGCAGGUGAUUGAGGAGCAGCGGCGGCGGCUGGCCGAGCUGAAGCAGAAGGCUGCAGCUGAGGCCCAGUGUCAGUGGGACGCACUACACGGGGCGGGCCCCUUCCCAGCAGCCCCCUUGGGCUUCCCCCCGCUCAUGCACCACUCCAUCCUGCACCACCUGCCGGCAGGCCGGGAGCGUGGGGACGACGGGGAGCACGCUUAUGACACGCUGAGUCUGGAGAGCUCGGACAGCAUGGAGACCAGCCUCUCCACGGGGGGCAACUCAGCCUGCUCCCCAGACAACAUGUCCAGUGCCAGCGGCUUGGACGUGGGGAAGCUGGAGGAGAUGGGGAAGAUGCUGAAAGAGGCUCACGCCGAGAAGAGCCGGCUCAUGGAGUCCAGGGAGCGGGAGCUGGAGCUGCGGAGACAGGCCCUGGAGGAGGAGCGGCGGAGGCGGGAGCAGGUGGAGCGGAGGUUGAACAGCGAGAGUGCCCGGAGGCAGCAGCUGGUGGAGAAGGAGGUCAAGAUGCGGGAGAAGCAGUUCUCCCAGGCACGACCUCUGACCAGAUACCUACCAAUCCGGAAGGAGGACUUUGACCUGAAGACCCACAUCGAGUCCUCAGGCCAUGGGGUGGACACCUGCCUGCACGUGGUGCUUAGCAGCAAGGUCUGCCGCGGCUACUUGGUCAAGAUGGGGGGCAAGAUUAAGUCCUGGAAGAAGCGCUGGUUUGUCUUUGACCGGAUCAAGCGCACCCUCUCCUAUUAUGUGGACAAGCACGAGACGAAGCUGAAGGGUGUCAUCUACUUCCAGGCCAUCGAGGAGGUCUACUACGACCACCUGCGCAGUGCAGCCAAGAAAAGGCUUUUCAGCUUCACUGUGGUGACUGAGAGCCCAAACCCAGCCCUCACUUUCUGCGUGAAGACCCAUGACCGGCUGUACUACAUGGUGGCCCCCUCUGCAGAGGCCAUGCGCAUCUGGAUGGAUGUCAUUGUCACCGGGGCUGAAGGCUACACCCAGUUUAUGAACUGACACCACAGGCCUCCCUGGACCCUUGGGCUGGUCCUGCCACCCAUGCCCAGCCACCUGCUGCUCUGCCAACUCUUAAGAUGGUCACACAGUGGACCCUGGCCUGAAAGGGGGAGUGGAGCCAGGCCUCCGAGACCUGUGCUGUAGGGUGGGAGGCUCCGUUCAGGGGUCCCGGACUUCAGCCCCAUGAGAACCAGCCCAGAGAUGAUAGGUGGGGAGGGGCCUCUCCUGCCUCCUGGACCCUGCGGUAACCAGAGUGAGGCCAGGCACCCCAGAGAGGGUCUCCCGCUCAGAGCUGGCCCUGCCUCUGUAAGGGACACACUGGUCUGAUUCCGCCAAAGAUCCCUGCCUGCUUCAGCUCCCUGCUGUGCAGUCCCUCAGGAGCUGACAGCACAUCCAGAGUGGGGGCAGCUCAGGCCGCAGUGUUCCCAGCCCCACCCCACCCCAUCCUCCGCCCACCUUUUUUUAACUCAAGGGCCAGAGACAGCAGCGUGUCAGCCUGGAGCUCCCAGCCCCAUCCCUAGUUGUGGACCCAGCCCCGUGGUCCCCAUAGCGAUGGCUCCAUCACCAUGGUUACAUGUUGCCGUGGCGUUGGGGCUUGGCAUCCACUUCAGCCUGACGGUCUGUGCCACCAUCUCUCCAGCCAUUCCCCUGGGCCCCUUCCCCGGGCUCUUGCCUGUCUCAGGGCCCCUCCCCGCCCACUCCCACUCGUGCCUUGCUCAGGGCCAGAAGGGAGAGCGAGCGAGCGAGUGAGCGAGGGAAGGAGCGAGGGAACUCGGGAAGGCCUUCCUUGCUCCUGCACAGGGCUGAGCUUCUGCCCAGUGGCUCCCCACGGGGAAGCCUGCUCCAGAGAGGAGUGAAGACAGGAGCUGGCGCUCUGGCCCACUCUCCCCUCCUCCCAGGAAGGUGAUGGGAAGGGACAGCCGGCCAGCGAGCUGCCCCGCACGCCUUAACACUAACCCUCUUCCCUUGCCCUUCCCCAGCACCAAGGCCCGUGGCUGUCUAGGCCUGGGCUGGGGGGUUUCAGUAUUUGUAAGCAUUUCAGCAGAACAAUAAAGCAUUUGGAGUACA